AUGGGAAAACCAAACUGUCGAAGGUCGAAACAACCAUCAAAAUCCAAACCGAAACCGAAACCAAAACCGGUAGACGUAGAUGCAUCAGAGGAAAAGGAGUUUUCUAUUGCAAGAAUUGCCCCUGAUGUGAAUCAACCAUGGCCAUGUCUUUUGAUUUCUCACCUAAAGAAGAAAAAACCUAUCCUUACAUUUCACAACACAUCCAGCAAACAAUACCAAUCGAAGUUGGCUCCAGAAUUGACGACUAAAACCGCGCACAAGUGUCAUGGAGAGUGGAUGCUUAUUCAGGACGACACCAACUUAACGGAAUAUUGCAUCCUGAAUCCCCUGACAAUGGAGACACUGCAACUCCCACGGCUGGAGGAAGAUUUCAAGUUGCCAAGUUACGGAGGUUAA